CUCCUUACACACAGUUGCUGUUGUAGUAUCGCUAUGGCGCGGGUAACGUGGGCUAGGAAUUCCGAGUUUUUGCUGUCCUGUGUUGGAUAUGCUGUCGGGUUGGGAAAUAUCUGGAGAUUCCCUUCUCUUUGUUACAAGAAUGGCGGAGGUGCGUUUCUCAUCCCGUAUCUCAUCUCCUUGAUCCUUGGAGCGGCCCCUGUGAUGAUUAUGGAGCUAGCGUUAGGCCAAUAUAUGAGCCAAGGCGCUGUUGGUAUAUGGAAGAUAUGUCCCCUAUUCCAAGGUGUUGGAGUAGCCACCAUGGUGAUUCUGACGUACUACAACAUCUACUAUAUGCUGAUCUUGGCCUGGGGCGGAUACUACAUGGUCAUGAGUAUGCAAGCUGUGCUUCCCUGGACACACUGCAAUAACGCUUGGAAUACUGACAGAUGCAGAGUUUCAAAGGAGUCCACCAUAGCUACCUGCCUUAGCAAACUGAAUGUGUCGCAGGACGUUUACAAUGUGUCCAGACUCAUGUGUUUAGAUGGAAACUCCUCCGACCCUCUCCCCGUGGACCCAACUGUGGAAUUCUGGGAACGUGGUGUUAUCCAGAUGUCCAGCGGGAUAGAGGAGAGUGGUGGAGUGGUGUGGCAAAUCGCCCUUAGCUUACUGAUCGUAUGGAUUAUAAUUUACUUUUGUGUGUGGCGAGGUGUUAAAUGGAGCGGAAAGGUGGUAUAUUUUACAGCUGUUUUCCCCUACGUUGUUCUGACCUGCUUGUUGGUGAGAGGCCUAACUCUGGACGGAGCUGUGGACGGCAUAAUAUACUUCCUCAUCCCUGAUUUCAAUAGGCUUGCUGAUGUACAGGUAUGGAUAGACGGGGGAACACAGAUAUUCUUCUCUCUGGCUGUGGCGUUUGGAGGUUUGAUGACACUCGGAAGCUACAAGAAGUUCAACGACAACUUUUACAGAGACAGUAUCGUCAUCAUGUGUAUCAACAGUGGCACCAGUAUUCUAGGGGGAUUCGCAGUAUUCUCAGUUCUCGGGUUCAUGGCACGGGAACAGGGCGUUGACAUUUCAGAUAUAUCGACCUCAGGUACAGCACUAGCUUUCCUUACCUACCCGAAAGCCGUUUCCUUGAUGCCAGGAGCCAGCUUUUGGGCAGUACUGUUCUUCUUCAUGUUGUUUCUGGUCGGUAUGGAUAGCUUGUUCCUCGGAGUUGAGGUAGCGGUGACCAUGAUGGUGGACGCCCUCCCCGUGCGUUACCAGAAAAGUCGGAGUCGUAUGGUAUUGACCGCCGUAUACUGUUUUGUUCUCUUCCUGGUAGGAUUGUCCAUGACCACACGCGGUGGAAUUUACAUCUGGAUCCUGUUUGACAAUUUCUCCGCAAGUGGCAUGGUGUUGCUCUGGGUCUGCUUUUGGGAGUGUAUUGCGAUCGGAUGGGUUUUUGGCGCCGAUAGAUUUGAUGAUAUCCUGUACACGAUGCUGGGGUUUAAGAUCAACAGAUUAUUCUGGAUUUGCUUGAAGUUCAUCACUCCCAUCAUGACAACGGCACUAUUCAUAUCGCAACUGACGUCGUUACGACUGAAUAAUUUAGGAUCCUCGUAUUCAUAUCCGCCCCUCGCUCAAGCUUUUGGUUUGAUGCUGUCCUUGUCAUCAAUGGUGUGUGUCCCAAUCGUCAUGGUCUAUAAAUUAAUGGGGAUUUCCGGUUCGCUUGUGGAGCGACUAAAAAUAUUGACAACACCAAUUAUAGAAGAAAGCCGGAUACCCAGUUCAUGGGAUUUGAAAACGAGCUCCGUAAUAAAAAUUCCUCAAGACAAGAAAGAAGAGGAACAUCAAAUGCUGUAAAUGAUUUUGACAAUAAAAUUAAUAUCACAAGAUAUUCUAAAACAUUAAGGAUAAUAUUACCAAUGCCAUUUAAUAGACAUAUCAGGAAAUCAGUUUUUCUUCUAAACAUUGGCAACAGAGCUUCAUAAUGUAAAAAGCCUGAUUAUUUAUCUCAAGCGUUCUCUCUCUGAUGUACACAUACAUACUGAGUAAGCUGAUAAUAUUCACGAGGGAUUUAACUUCGUUAUUCGCGAUCAUUAAAUAACGAGCGAAAAUAAAUACAAACAAAUAUAUAGAGGUGUUUAAUACUGUGGCUGCGCAAAAUUUAAUAUCGGCAAAUUAUUAGCCUGUGAAAUUUAACAACUAUGCAGUACUUGAAAAACAGAAUAUGUAACUGUCUUUAUUCAACCGAUAUUUAUUAUGUAAUAACGGCUGAAGUGUCGCGAUCAGCUGAUCUGGAUGUGCCAGGAAAGACUGCCUAGAUUAGUUGGUAUGUUUGAUAAUCUUAAUUUAUUAAGCUUGAUUACGCUUAUGUGAUCGGCAGCGUGCAUUUGUGAGGCCAGACAAUAUAUACAUCUGUCAAUAUUUAGUUUUGAUUUUAUUGAAAAAAGAGAACAGUAAUAUAAAAACAACAGGAAAGCUAUCCAGUAAGGUGAAUGGUCUCACUCUUCUUUGUAAUUCGGUGGAUAAUUGAUAACUACAAAAGCAGGACAGUUUGGAGUCUUGCAGCAUUUGCCAGGAGCUGGAUUGUUCAAAUGACAGAUGGGAGGCAAGUUCCAUGUAACACACCUGUAACGCAAGUAAAAUAAAAUAAAUAUCACAAGUCAACAUGGG